AAAAAAAAAAAAAGUCAAAACCUAUCCCUGGUAAAUGUAAGCAAACUAACCGGAAAACCCCUCGAUCUCAAUUCUAGCCUUCUUUGAUUCAAUUAUUCGAUCCUUUUUCUUUUCAAGUACAUCGAACAGCAUGGAAAAUAAUGAAAAUCGAAGCAAUAUACCGAAGAAAAUUAUGAGUGGGUAUAGUUAAAAUUGGUAUUAUUUUGAUUUUGUUUACUUUUUUGUAAAAAUGUAUAAGAACCAGCUCCAGGAGCUGGCGCAGCGGAGUUGCUUCAAUCUUCCAUCGUACGCGUGCAUCAGGGAAGGUCCUGAUCACGCUCCGAGGUUCAAGGCCACCGUUAAUUUCAACGGCGAGACGUUUGAGAGCACUAGCUACUGCUCGACGCUUCGACAGGCUGAGCACUCGGCUGCCGAAGUGGCCCUCAAUGCCCUUGCUAGCCGUGGUCCCUCCAACUCCCUUGCUGCCAGAAUUCUGGAUGAGACCGGUGUCUAUAAGAAUCUCUUGCAGGAGGUCUCACAAAGAGUGGGAACAUCUUUGCCUGCAUAUACUACUUUCAGAUCAGGCCUAGGACACCUUCCCAUCUUCACCUGUACUGUAGAGUUGGCAGGCAUUAUAUUUACUGGAGAGCCAGCUAAGAACAAAAAGCAAGCAGAAAAGAAUGCGGCAAUGGAAGCUUGGUCAUCUCUGAAAUUAUUAGUGCAACAAUUUGAGAGUUCAACAUCAGAAAGAACACACAAGGAUGAGCAGGAGCAUGUAACAGUAACUCGUGCUCUGCAAAAGUAUCUCAUACAGGCGAAAUUGGCAAAGUUAUCAUUGCCAAUAAAAUUUCCUACAUCAAGUUCGAGGUCAUCAAAUACCCAGCAGCCUACAGCUACAUCGUCAAAAAUUUUGCCUUUAAUAUGCCCGAGGGCCGCUCCUCGUAACGAGCCUAUUAUGGCUGUGAACAACAAAGCAUCCCCAAAAACUGCUAGGACAACUCAAAGUAAACCAGCAAUUUCUAGCACAAAUGAGAGUUCCACGUCAUUGGUGGAGAACCAUCCGGUUGGGCCUCGAAAGUUCCCUGCAGUUGGAGCAGCACCCUACAUUCCAGUCCGGCAUUUUAACCCAGAUCAUAGACUUGCACCACCAGUGACAAUAAGAAAUGCAAUUCCUGUUUUCUCUGCAACACCAUUUCCUCCACCUCAGACUUCACUAAUGAUGAGGCCUCAACCUUUGUGUAUGGCACCACCUGUCUGCAUGAGAAAGGCUGUUCCCGUAUUUGCUGCUGCUCCUGUUAGGGUAGAGGAGAUCCCUAUGUUACGUUCAACAAUUCGAGUAGCGGAUCCACGGAUUUCCGGACCAACUAAGGUUGAGGAACCAUCAGGUUUUAAAUUUUCCAAGGUUCCUGUAGAGGACCCACCUGUUUCCAAAGCAACACCUUGUAGACUGGACGAGUCACAAUUGUCCAAGGUUUCUCUGGUUCAAAUUGAGGAACCUCUGGGUUCAAAGUUACAACCGGGGUGUGUAGAAGGGCCACUGGAUUCUGAGGUUCGGGCAGUUGAAGUUGAGCCCUCAGUAGCUCAAGCCUCAAUAGUUCAAGUUGAGUCCCCAGUUUCAUUGGUUAUUGGUCCUGCAGCGAGUUCAAAAGCUCCUGCAGAAGAAUCUAUGAUUGCAGCACAGGACAAACUUCGGGAGUCUCUGGAGACUGAAGGCUUUAAAGGGAUAAAAAUAUGAAAAAUUUAGGUAGGGAAUUUUUAAUAGCAAUAACCUUUGGUAAGAUCCGUACUGGCUUCUUUAUCAAGAUUUUGAUUCUCCUUUUCUUUUAGUUUCCCUUACCUGCUAGGAUUGGAAACUACUGGAACAAAAAUAUCAGAAGCAGUGAUAUAGAAAUAUCUGGUACAUGAAGCUCACAAGCUUUUGAGCUAAAUCCUUCAUUUUCCUCCUCUGAUGGAAAGUGGGAAGGAGGCAAGAUAUACCCGACCUGUCUUUCCUUGUUUAGGGAGAAUUUUAUGUGAUGUCACUUCAGCCAAAGCUACCUUUAAAGUUUCUAAGCAUUUGGCUACUGCUUUUCUGGUUUUUGAAAACUGAACUUCAAAAAAUAUCAGACGUGUUGUAAUAAUAGUGGCUAUAAAUCUACAAGGAAUUUGGAAUAUGAAGUCUUUGUUGCUCCGGGAGUCUAUAUCCUGUCACGCAUAGCCUUCAUUCAUAGGCAGAAUUGCACGUAUCGUUUAUUUUAAUCUAGCAGCUCUAUCGUAGUUUGAGCUCGAGAUCUCUGUUUUUAAGUGUAUUCGCUCAGGGUAUGUCUGUAUAUUUCUGAGUUUCUUCAUGGGUAUACUCAAGCGUUCUCGUUGUUGACUUGUUGAUAUAAUGAAAGACUAAAACAUGGAAAUUCCAACAUUGAAAUUCAAAUGUUUUCUUUUUCAUGGUCA